GAUUGCACACCCCGUUGUGAAGUGCACCUACUGCAGGACCGAGUACCAGCAGGAGAGUAAGACCAGCACGAUAUGCAAGAAGUGCGCGCAAAACGUGCAGCUGUACGGGACGCCCAAGCCCUGCCAGUACUGCAGUGUGAUCGCGGCCUUUAUUGGCGGGAAGUGCCAGCGCUGCGCCAACUCAGAGAAGAAGUACGGGCCGCCAUACUCCUGCGAGCAGUGCAAGCAGCAGUGCGCGUUUGACAGGAAGGACGACAGGAAGAAGGUGGAUGGGAAGCUGCUGUGCUGGCUGUGCGCGCUCUCGUACAAGCGGGUGCUGCAGAAAGCCCGGGAGCAGAGGCGGCACCUGGGCAGCGCGUCCCGGGCCGGACACCAGGAGAAGGAGCAGUACGGUCGCCUGAGUGGCGGCCAGAAAACACUUUCCACAUCUUCAAUUCAAAAUGAAAUCCCAAAGAAAAAGUCCAAGUUUGAGUCCAUCACAGCUAAUGGAGACAGCUUCUCCCCAGACCUGGCCCUGGACUCCCCGGGCACUGACCACUUUGUCGUCACGGCCCAGCUGAAGGAGGAGGUAGCCGCCCUGAAGAAGAUGCUGCAUCAGAAGGACCAGAUGCUUCUGGAGAAAGAGAAGAAGAUUACAGAGCUGAAGGCCGAUUUCCAGUACCAGGAGUCUCAGAUGAGAGCCAAAAUGAACCAGAUGGAGAAAGCCCACAAAGAGGUCACUGAACAGUUGCAGGCCAAGAACCGAGAACUAUUGAAGCAGGCAGCUGCCUUGUCUAAGAGCAAGAAGUCGGAGAGGGCAGGAGCCAUCACCUCUCCGUGACAGGUCGCAGGCAGCAGGCGAGCGGCCCUGGGUUCGACUGGAGGCCUGGCUGUCCUCUGGGAGCCUCUGGUUUGUCACAGUGGCCCUCCUGCACGUGCAGGGCAGGGUGGAGACGCGGGUCUGUGCUAUGUGGCUGCGCACUGGGGUGCUGGGGGUGCUGGGGGUCCAGGCCGCACCCUGCCCCACUGCCACACUCCUGCCGCUCCCCUCUCCCCCUCCGAUUUGGGCCUGCACUUCCUUUGUGGCCACUGCUGUGUUGUGUGCAGGACGCUGUCCUCCUUUGUCCCGUCCGUCAGUGUGCUCGGCCGUACCCGUGAGCAGUCUGGCAUUCGUUACCUGGCACUGCCACCCUCUGGACUUUGAAACUGCCACCUUCAGGCUGGUACAUGGAAGAGGCUUUCCCUCUCCAGUAAGCCUUUUGCUUCAGGGUAUACUCUUGGGGUUUUUUCCAGGUAUAUUAUGUAUGAACUUUGUACUGUGUAUAGCCAGAGUUUUAUUUAUUUUUUAAACACAGAAACUUUUUCUUGAUAAAGGAAUAUUGGUAGCCCAGCUAGUUCUUGUAAAAGUGAUGUGUCUCAGAAAAACAGUCCCCUUCGCCAGCUUCUGUAGGUCAGACCUUUUCUCUCUGGUUACCUCGGAGCCUCCAGAGCUGCCCCGUGACAUCACUGGCUGCGAGGACAGGGCGGAGCUAAGUGCCUUUCUGGGGGGCUCUUGCACGGAGCCAGGGCAGCAGGGCUUGGAACCUCCUCCAGGAAGGGCGGCAGGUGCCAGUGCUGGCUACGUCCCUUCCCGCCCACUGGGCACACCACGCCCCUUCUCGCCCACUGGGCACACCGCUCCUUCUUAGGGGGUCCCCUUUGCUUGCUUUUGGCGGUUGUCAUCCUGGGCUCUUGUCAGAAAACAUCGUUUUGCACAAGCAGAUUCAGGAGGGUGCCUCCCAGCUGCCUGCACCUUUUCGCUCGGAUCCCAAGGAGGAUGCUGGAUUCUGGGAAGCAGCUGGGCCUGGCUGGUGGCCCUCUCCCCUUCCUGGGCUGCAGGGCGUGGACCCGCUCUUCUAGGAGAGCACAGACCUGCAUUUGGAGCCAGCCUCUCGGGCCUCUGGAGGUUUUAGAAAAAAACGGCUGAAGGGCUGCUAGGGUGGGACCUGAGCUAGCAGGAGGCGGGGAGGUGCUGGCAGGGAGUGGGCUGCCUCACCGGGGUGCUUCCUGGGCGGCCAGCUCGACAGUGGCCUGGCAGACGCGGGCUGUGGCUAGUGUGUGGCCUGGAAGGGAUGCUCUCCCUCUUCUAGGGAAGGCAGGGGCAGUGGCAAACUGUGACUUUCUGACCAGAGACUCUGAGACGAAGAUAAACAGGCAGAUAAUAUUUUUCAGAUGCUUUUGCACUGACUAUGGGGAAAAGAUGGUAAAAAAAAAAAGGGGGUCUUUUUUCUUUUCAUUUUAAACACUGAGAAAUUCUGUUGUGUGAAGUACGAUAAUAUAAAAACAUACUUAGUUUUAUACUAAAUCUUUUUUUAAGGUCUUGACAUUUAAUAUAAAGUAAAUCCACACAUUUUCUAACUUUCCAUAAGUUCCAAAAAGAGAAGGAAGAAACCUCAGUCUUGAAAUUCUUAUUUUUAAAAACCAUGACACUGUUGUACCGUGAAAUGGAGGAGCCAACUUUUGGUGACACCUCCGACCUCUUUGUACGUUUGUAAUAAUGGACAUUUUCAAGCCCAGGAAUGUCUUGGUUUGUACAGACUUUGACACAUGUGUGCUAAUAAAAACCCGUAUGGACUCAAGUGGAA